ACACCAACCCUAGACCGCCGCCCCUCGAUCCUCUUCCCAGGCGCGCAGGAGCGCCGCUCCCAUACCCGUUUGCGCCGCUGCUUGCCCUCGCUCCGUCCGCCGGCGGUCGUCGUCCGAUUCACCCCCACCGCGCAGAUCCUCCGAUUGACCCGCCUCCAUUCGCCCGUCGCCCUCGCCAACCCUAGCUGCCGCCUCCCCUAGCUCCUCUUCCCACCAUCGCGUCACACCCCCGUCGGACCAGCACAGCCCGUGCAGAUUCACGUGCUCGGGUUCCCGCUGGACCCCAUGGACAGCUCCGAUGGCGAGGCUUUCAAUGGAGGCGGCGAUGCUCCGAACCAAGGUGCCCCCUCCGCAGUGGGCUCCGGGUUCCCGUCGGCCGCGUCAUAAACGGCGUACCCGAGGCCGCCGAGUUCGUGGACCUUGGGAGGCUCCGGCUUCCCGGCGGCUGCGGCUUCCACGGAGUACCCGAGGGCGCCGAGUUUGUGGACCUUAGGUCACGGCCUCCCCGGCUACCCCGCCGCCUCGCAACCAUUUGUCGGAUCUGGCAGCAACAAUCCCAUCCACGCCUUCAGCACGUUGGAUCUCAACGCCGGCAACUCGUGGCCGGACAUGAACGCCUACGCCUCCUACAUCAGCUCGGGCCACGACGUGAGCGCAGUGCAGGCCCCUCCCCCCUUCGCCUGCCAUCUCAUUCUACAGCCCCAAGGUCUGGCGCCGACGGUCCUCGCAGCGACGCCGAAGAAGGAGGAGGUACUGGGACGGGCGCGAGGGGCCGGACGCGCAGGAGUCCCCGAGUCCGAGGCCCCGGCAUGACCAUCGGUGGCGACAACUUCGACAGCGCAUGGACCGCCCCCACCGCCUCCACCCCGGGGUCGGAAAGUUGCAAAAAACAGAGCCGAUUGGACUCCUGAGCACACAGCCCUUUUCUGUAAGCUUUACUUCAUGCAAAUAGACAACGGCAAUUGCAACAUGGGUGUUAUAAGCAAGUCAGGCUGGACCGAUAUCAGGACCAGGUUCUUUGCUGCAACUGGCAUGAUGCAUACCACUGAACAAUUUUCUAGCCGGCUCAGAAACCUCAAAAAAGAAUGGGCAUUUAUCAAUUUGCUGCGCUAUGGGGGAUCGGGGUUGGAUAGAGAUGCAAAUGGAAACCCUGUUGCCGACGACCAAUGGUGGGAAAACCACACCAAGAAGCACAAGUCCUUGAAAUAGUUUAGACACGGCUACCCUCCAUAUUUGGACGACAUGGACAGAAUGUUUGAGCAUGCCAUUGUUGAUGGGCCCUCAGCUUGUUGUGCUGCAACACGUACUGCACAGCAGGUUGAGCAGGUAGAGUCCUCAGAUGAAUAUGAGGACGACGAUGAAGAUGACACCAACACCGAAGCUGAGCAGACAGGCACCCCCCACAGCGUGACCACCCCUCCCUCCAAUAGCAUCAAAAGGGGUCCAACUUCACUGACUUGAAGAAGCGAAGUCACAAAGAUGAACAGUGAUCUGAGUCUGGAUGAACAGUGAUCCCCUACCGUGAAUCACUGCAGCUGGUACUGUUCAUGAAACACUGUUCAAAAAGGUGCUGUUUUACACUGUAUCAGGGGUACUGUAGCAAUCAGUUCUGUCCAUCCAUCUCAGAUCGGACGGCCGGAAAUACACCGAAAGUCACCGCUACAGUGUUUGCUGACUUUGCUUCAGCACUUCAGAGAAUCCAGGUUGCAUCAAAAGAGCUAGCAGCACCAGCACCACUGCCCGCAGCCCAAGCAAGAGGCACAAAAUUCGUGCUGUUAGGGCAGUUUCAUCCAGCUUGAUCCGCCACAAUGAAAUCCAGGGCGACAGGAAUGCUCUCAUUGGAAAACUUUUUAGGGAAAGGGCAGAACAGGAAGAAGCUGCUAGGAAUGAACAUAGGUUGAGGGUGCAGAGGGUUUACGACCUUGCUGAGGAUAUAGGUGUCACCCCAGAGACGUCACCGGAGUUGUUCCGAGCAGUCAUGGCCCUAGUAAAGGACGACACUCAUAUGGAGCUGUCUUUCAAAGCAACUCCCGUAGGAAGGCGAUUCAUGCUGGAGGAGUACAAGACGUUGCUUAUGCAGGUUCCAGGGACAUCAUCAACUUUGAGAAAUAGCAGUUCAAAAUGGGAGGACAGCUUCUUUGAGCUGGUGGAGCUGUGCCUGCAAGAUGAUGACGACGAGGCCUUCUUCCAGAGUAUGUAUGAGUUUGCAAUUCAUGCUGACAAGCAUUUGAGUAGAGCACCUUAUAGGCAACCAAAAAUGUCUGGUUUGGAAUGGGUUAAUUUGAAAUUGAGCAAUAGAAGGUCUUGUUACAACAUGUUUAGAGUCAGCCCAGACAUGUUUCAUAGUCUGCACUCUCUUCUGGUACAAUCAUAUGGCCUCAAAUCUAGUUCAAAAUCAACCUCGAUUGAGGCGCUCGGGAUGUUUCUUUGGGUGCUUGGGUCCCCUCAAUCAGCCCGGCAAGCUGAGGACAGAUUUGAGCGAUCUUUGGGGACAGUUUUCAGCAUGUUCAGCAAAGUUUUGAAGAGUGUGCUAAGGCUUGCUGCCGACAUCAUAAAGCCGGAGGAUCCAGAAUUCAGCAUUGUGCAUCCUAGACUUCGCAGCCGUAGGUUCUAUCCCUACUUCAGUAAUUGCAUAGGGGCAAUCGAUGGAACUCAUGUACCGUGUGUGGUGCCGAAGAAUCUGUUCAUGCAGCAUUUGAGUCGGAAAGGGAGGACCACACAGAAUGUUAUGGUAGCCUGCGACUUUGACAUGAGGUUCACAUUUGUGCUUAGUGGAUGGCCCGGAUCAGUUCAUGAUAUGAGGCCCUUUAAUGAUGCACUGACAACAUAUAGCCAUGUCUUCCACAUCCACCAGCAGGAAAAUAUUACUUAGUGGACUCGGGGUAUCGCAACCAGGUGGGAUACCUAGCUCCUUACAAAGGAACAAAGUACCAUUUGCAGGAGUAUAGGAAUGCCGCAACUCCAUAAGAUAUGGAAGAGACCUUCAACUAUGCACAUUCUUCCCUUAGGAAUGUCGUUGAAAGGUCUAUUGGUGUGUUGAAAAUGAAGUGGAGGAUGCUGAAGGAGAUACCUGCUUAUGCCCCUGAUAAGCAAAGCGAAAUCAUACAGGCCGCAUGUGCAUUGCAUAAUUUCAUUAGGAAUAGUGGCAUACGGGAUAGACACUUCCGCUGCUGUGAUCGUGAUGAAAAUUAUGUCCCAGAUGAAGCAUCGGAGGAUCAACCGGACACAGAAGAAGUGCCUGAUGAACUGGACAGCAUGAAUGAGUUUCGUGAUACCCUUGCGCUUGCUUUGUUUAACCGUAAUUAAAAGUUUUGUUUGACUUGUGUGUACUGCGAGAUGGAAAAUGUCUUGUGCUGCCUUGUUUGUGCGGGAACUGUGUAUGGAUGAGAACUGUGCUUUUGUGGUUCAAUGACGCUAAUAAUGUUCACAUGUGUUCUGUGAAUUUGUUA